UUUACUCUGAAGGGAGUCCAAACCGGAAACCAAAUUCGCUGCUUCCGGAAAACGUACCCGCAACUUCCGGCGUGACACUGUGGCGCGGCAAACUGCAAACCUUUUCUCAAGUCACCGGCGAACCGACGGCCGGCGAUGAGUGAAGCGGCGGAGGGGACGCGCCCCCCGCCCGUCAAGGUGCUGUCCGGCCAGCUGAGGACGGCGGAGCGCCGGGGACCGGCCGGCGGCGGCGGCGGGGACGGCUUCGUCAUCAGGCCGGGCACGGCUCGCUCUCUGCCGGUCUCCCUGGUGUGGAUGCAGGGCACCGUCGUGGAGGUCCGGCCGGAGGGAAACGGCGUGACGCUGGUGGACGAGACGGGGACGUUCGCCGUGAAGGGCGUCCACAACGUCCCGAGGGGGAAGCCGUGUUUGUCCCAAGGUAAAUACGUCAUGGUGAUGGGCGUCAUCACGGCCGUCUCCCCGGAGCCGGCGAUCCACGCCGUGAAGAUGGCUGACCUCUCGGCGCUCUCGGGGCUCCACAGAAGGAUGUGGAAGCUGGAGGUGGAGGAGCUGCAGCGGGUGCUGGCCUGAAAGUGGAGGCGCCGCCUCCUCCUCCUCCUCCUCCUCGUCCUGGCAGAAAGACCUGUCAUGCAGCGUCGAGGUGAUUCUUGACAAAUGGCAGAAGAAACAAAACUCCCCCUCAGAAGGACUGAGUGAGGAGUCUGAAUCUUGUGUUUUGUGCUUUCAACAGAAAGGAGUUUGAGGGCAAUGCUAAUAAAUGAUCCAUUUCUAAUGUGCCUGUGAAAGACAAUUAGGAAUCGGGUACUUGUACUCGGCCUCAGGUGGAAAGUCAGUUUGUAGCAGCCUUCAUUUUGAGAGCCUUUUAAGCAUAAUUCUUUUUUUUUUCUAAAUCUUUUUUAGGGUUUUCAGUGCCCGACUGUGCUUCAAAUAAAAUCACUUUAAAACUACACAGGAGAUCUGAACACUUCUUCCCACCACUGGAUGCAAGCGUGAUCA